AUGUUUGUUGACAAUGUCCUUCAGAAUCGACUACAUGAAGCCAUUGUCCACAUAUGGAGUCAGUCAGUGGAGAGCAAUGUCCGUGUUGGUGAUCAUCACCAUGCUCCGGUCGACUCUUCAGAGAUUAUCGCCGUUGAAGAGGCCGUUUUCAAGGACGAGAGAGUUCAAGCAGAACUCAAGAAGCUUCAAUUGCCAAAAGACACCAAAUUCGUUUGCGACCCGUGGAUUUACGGCUCUGAUGGCGUCGACGACGACAAGCGGAUGAUGCAAGCAUUUCUUUACACUCGAGAUCCAGCCAAUCCCCAUAAUGCGGACUCGAAUUACUAUGCCUUCCCGCUUUCGAUUCUGCCUGUUCUUGAUGCAACGACGAUGAAAUUGAUCCGCAUCGAUAGAAUUGCCACCGGAAAGGGACUGGAGAAAAAGCUAACGUCUAAGGCCAAGGUUCACCCUCCCAGAGAAUAUACUCCAGAACACCAGAAGUUGAGGACAGACUUGAAACCGUUGCAAGUGAUCCAACCUCAGGGUACAAGCUUCAAAGCGACCAAAUUCGGCGAGACUGGCCAUACUGUAGAAUGGCAGAAGUGGUUCUUUAGAAUAGGCUUCAACCAACGGGAGGGAAUGGUGCUGUACGAUGUGCGCUAUGACAAGCGUAGUCUCUUUUACCGGCUGUCAUUGUCGGACAUGAACAUUCCCUAUGCUGAUCCUCGCGCGCCUCUUCAUCGGAAAACGGCCUUUGAUCUCGGCGAUGUGGGUGCUGGGAUCAUGGCUAAUAAUCUCAAGCUAGGAUGUGACUGCUUAGGAUCCAUCUACUAUAUCAAUGGUGUCAUCUCCGACGACAAGGGCGAGCCAGACCCUAGACCAAACGCAAUCUGCAUCCAUGAACAGGACGCCGGCGUCCUCUGGAAGCACACCAACUACCGCACUGGCCGCGCAGCAGUCGUACGAAACCGAGAACUCGUGGUUCAGUCAAUUAUAACCGUCGCUAACUAUGAAUAUAUCCUCGCUUUCAUCUUCAACCAAGCUGGCGAACUUACCUACGAGGUCCGCGCCUCUGGCAUUGUCAGUACCCAGCCCAUCGACGAAGGCAUCUCUGUACCGUGGGGUACAAUCCUACACCCUGGCGUUUUCGCCUCCCACCACCAGCAUAUCAUCUCCCUCCGUAUCGACCCAGCCAUCGAUGGUCACAGCAACACACUUAUCCGCUCCGAAGCACACGCAAUGCCCAUCGAUCCGUUCAACCCCUACGGCAACGGCUACACCGUCGAAGAAACCACUGUUCCGACCAGCACAGGCCUCAACCUUGACCCUGACAAAAACCGCUUUUUCAAAAUCGCUAACCCUUCCUCUUUAAAUCCCAUCACCGGCAAGCCAGUUGCAUACAAAAUCGCCGCCCCACCUUUCCAGAAGAUGCUUGCUCAUCCCACCAGCUAUCAUCACAAACGCGCCGAGUUUGCAGAUUGCAAUCUCUAUGUGACACGCUACCGCGACGGGGAACUUUAUCCCGGCGGGACGUAUACGAACCAAUCGCGGGGUGGGCACGGGGUACGCACGUGGGCGAAUAGGAAAGACGAUAUCACAGGCGAAGACGGCAAGGGCGAGGACAUCGUGGUCUGGGUACAGUUCGGGCUGCAGCAUAUUGUGAGGACGGAAGAUUGGCCGGUCAUGCCUGCGGAGACAAUCAGGGUCAGUCUGAAGCCAUGUAAUUUCUUCACUGGCAACCCGGCGCUGGAUGUGCCGCCUAGUGACCAGAGGAAUAAUGGGAGCGUGUUGGUUGAUGGUGAGGGUGGGGCCAGGGUGGCAAAUGAGGCAGAGAAGCAUUUGCAAGGUGGGAAGGUGGCGAAGAUGAACGGAGUUGUGCAGAACGGCUGUGGUGAGUGCGAGAGUGGAUGA